GUGCGCGAAAUAACUUUUAGGGGCUCGCGGCCUUGUGAGGGAGACCAUGGCAAGCUCUCCCGCAAGCAUACAGCAAGUACAGCACUCUCCACAACGGAAAGCAAAGGACACUUCUCUCAGCCACAGCCGGCAUGUGGCGGCAAACCACUCCCUCCCUCCUCACCGCCACAAAAAGCGGCUGCUUCCGUCUCACUCUUAGAACAGAGCAACGCCGGACAGUCAUCCUCCCAAGAUGGCUGCCGAACCUGAACCUAUUCCAAGGCGCUAUCAAGCACCAGGACAGAGUCGCUAUCAUAGCAGAGUCGAAGAAAUACACAUAUGCUAGCCUGUUGCGCCAUGCCGCGAAGGGUGCGAAGCAGUUAAAAGGGGACCACACCGAGAGUGCAGUGAAGACGGGUGAAUAUCCACCACGGGUAGCAUUUCUAUUUUCGCCGGGGUUUGAGUACGUCGCGACGCAAUGGUCAAUAUGGGCUGCCGGUGCCAUAGCCGUUCCGUUGGCUUCAUCCCAUCCGCCAGCCGAACUCGAGUACAUCAUAGGCGAUGCGCAGGCAAAAAAGGUCCUGUAUCAGAGCAAAUUCGCUGAGAAGAUUCAGGCGCUCCAGUCAAAGUUCCCGCUGGUGGAAUGGGAGGAGAUCCCGGAUGCGAAGCCGUCUGAAGGCCAAGAUUCGGACUCGAGACCCACGAACAUCAACGAAGAAGACAACCUGUCCAAAGACCGGGGCGCCAUGCUGAUCUACACCUCAGGCACCACCGGCAAACCCAAAGGCGUCCUCACCACCAUCAACAACAUCGAAGCCCAAUCCACAUCCCUCAUCGAAGCCUGGAAAUGGAACUCCAAAGACAAAAUCCUCCACGUCCUCCCCUUGCACCAUGUCCAUGGAGUCAUAAACGCCCUUACAUGCCCCCUGUGGGUAGGCGCCACCGUCGAGUUCUUCCCCUUCGAUGCGCGCAAAGUCUGGGAUCGGUGGAUGGCGGAAUCAAGGGAUUUGACCGUCUUCAUGGCUGUGCCGACCGUCUACGCAAGGCUGGCAGCAGAAUACGACAAGAUGCCCCCCGCAGAACAGGCAUACGCCACAAAAGCCUGCGCCCAGUUCCGGCUCAUGGUCAGUGGGUCCGCGCCCCUCCCCGACACCCUCUUCGCCAAAUGGGAGAAAAUCUCUGGACACAAAUUGCUUGAACGAUACGGCAUGACGGAAAUCGGAAUGGCGCUAGGCAACCCAUAUGACGGACCUCGCAUCCCCGGCACAGUCGGCAAACCCUUCCCGCACGUAUCCACCCAAAUCAUCUCCGACGCUGGCGCCGACGUCACGGCCCAACCUGACGCGACUGGGGAGCUGUACGUCAGCGGGCCGCAGGUGUUCAAAGAGUACUGGAACAAACCGGAGGCCACGGCUAAGGAGCUGCAGGAUGGGUGGUUUAAGACGGGAGACAUUGUCAAGAAAUCUGAGGACGGCAUGUACACUAUACUGGGACGCGCGAGUGUUGAUAUCGUUAAAAGUGGGGGUUAUAAGAUUUCAUCCCUAGAAGUCGAACGCACCCUCCUCGCCCACCCCUCCAUCGCCGACGUCGCUGUCGUCGGCUUACCGGACGAAGAAUGGGGGCAGAUCCUCGCCGCCAUGAUCGUCUUGCGGGAUAAGACGAAGGAAGUUACGGUGGAGGAUGUGAAGCACUUUCUGCAAGAUAAACUGGCGCAUUACAAAAUUCCGAGACGGGUUGUGGUUGUGGGCGAGUUGCCGAGGAAUGCGAUGGGGAAGGUUGAUAAGAAGACAGUGCUCAAAGGAUUUUAAAUCACAUUGAACUGAUUCCGGACUCGGCAAACGGAAAUCUGCACGCCCAUGUGCUUUUGGUGGGUUUCGCCUCUCCAGACGCCCACACCAUCCGUAUCUCUCAGCAGAUAUACUCAAAUUCUACGGCGUACGCUCUUUGCCGCGUUGGAGAUUGCCAGCGAGGGUUCUUGUCAUGUUUUUGGUGCAACUAUUACGGCUCACCUCGUAGUCAUACUGAAUGGUCUGAAUGAAUUGUGGAAUUCGUUUUCACGAACCACUCAGAAAGCACUUGUUUGUAGUAAACCAGACUAGUCCUAUCCUGCACUUGUUUGUGCCAAACUGGCGUGGUUUGAAGGAUGACGGUUGAAUACGACAGCGCGCACUUAUGGCCAGCGUAGACG